GUUUUUAUCUGAAAUUCAGGAUCUUUCUUUCUAGUACCCUUCAAUCAGCGUCAUCUCCCAAGAACAUGUUGUAUAUACUCUCUAGGAAUCAACAUUUUGUUUUGUCAACAAGAUCCUCUGGAUGUCUGUCUUCUAAUCCUAAACCAACAUCCCAGAUUUCCCAGAGUUUUUAGGUGAGUUCUCUUUCUUGCUUGGCUUCGCAGUUUGUACAGAUCAUUCAUGAAUCCAAUUGUUUCUCCUCUCGUAAUUCAUUCCUCAACAUGAUUGAUUUCUCUUUCCCCCAAGAUGCGAAAUUUAUGAAAUAGAUAUUGAUUUAUGAUUUCUCUCGUGAUAGUAAUGGUACUUAUUUAUUACCUCUGAAUUCUGAAUCAAAAAACCCAUGAUCCCAUUGCUUAAUUUGCUUAGAUUACGUUCUGGGUAUGCUUAAUUGCACUUCGUCUCGAAGCCCAUUAGCUGGAUUUGUAUUACUAUGAACAAAUAUUCAUUUGGGUCUUCUGGGAGUCCCAAGUCCUUCCAGGCAUACCCAAGGGCUGUUGAAUUUGAUUUAGAAUCAGGAACCACUAGACGUGCCCGAAAGCCUAAGAAUUCUCCAUUUCAUCCCACCAAGAUGAUUAAUUCAUUGCGAACCCGCCUUCAAUAUUACUAUAAGAUGCACCCACUUCUAGUAUUCAUCAUCUUCUUGUCCCUUGGGGUCACAAUUCUCAUCGUUUUGUCUCUGUAUGAGAGCCACUACCGAAUGAUGGGUAGUUAUCAAAAGCUUGAUGUGAGCUCGGGUGAUUAUCCGUUCCCAAAGCUUCGUAAUCUUGUAAUGGUUGCCGGGCAUUCUGUAUAUACGAGUAGUAGCUGUGGGCAAGCUGAUAAGGAGGAUUCGUGGUUUUUGGAGUCAUAUCAGAAGAAUCCAGGCCAAGCUGCUACCUUUAUAAGACAUAUACAAGAGGGAGUUGAAAUUGCAGCCAAAGAUGAUGCGGCUUUGCUUUUGUUUAGUGGUGGAGAGACACGGAAAGAUGCUGGUCCCCGUAGCGAGGCUCAAAGUUAUUGGAGCGUCGCUGAAUUCAGAGGAUGGUUCGGCAUGGAAGAAAAUGUGAGAUGGAGGGCACUCACAGAAGAGCAUGCAAGGGACAGCUUUGAGAAUCUUCUCUUUAGCGUGUGUCGUUUCCGAGAGCUUACUGGCAUGUAUCCAUAUAACAUAACUGUUGUAAGUUAUGAUUUUAAGGAAGAGAGAUUUGCACAUCUGCAUCGGUCUGCAAUUGGAUUUCCAGAGCCAAGGUUUUUCUACAUAGGCACCCCAGCUUCACAGACUUCAAAAGAAGCCGCUUUGAAAGGUGAGGCAUUGGUGCGGGCCCAAUUCCAAGGAGAUCCCUAUGGGUGCCAAGGAUCACUCUAUCGGAAAAAACUCGGGCGGGAUCCUUUUCACCGAUCGAUUCCUUAUCCAAAUGGGUGCCCUGAGAUUGAAGGUCUGUUCAGAUACUGCGGAGCAGCUCCUUAUCCGGGCUCCCUUCCUUGGUCCUAGUGAAACUAGUUAAGAGUAUUUCUUUUCUUUUCACUCUUAUGCAUGGAAUUUUAGAUAAAUCCACCUAUACAGCCAGAAAGAGAUGUGAAUCAAAUCCUAAAGAUAUAACUAGCCCUUGCAGCUCGAGUUUCAUCGUA